AUGCACCUCCCGCACGCGAGCCCUCCGGCCCCCAGCAUGGCGGACGUGUAUGCUCAUAUCCAUGAGUACUACCGGCAGAGCCACGGCGAGCUGGUGCAGACCGGCUCCCCCGCGGUGCUGUGCUCGGUGCUGCCGGGACACUGGCGCUCCAACAAGUCGCUGCCGGUGGCUUUCAAAGUGGUGGCUUUGGACGACGUGCAGGAUGGCACACUGGUCACCAUUAAGGCCGGGAACGAUGAGAACUCUAUGGCUGAAUUGAGGAACUGCACAGCGGUGAUGAAGAACCAAGUGGCAAAGUUUAAUGACUUGAGGUUCGUGGGUCGCAGCGGGAGAGGGAAGUCGUUCUCGCUGACCAUCACCAUCAGCACGUUUCCCAGCCAGGUGGCCACCUACAUGAAAGCCAUCAAAGUCACCGUCGACGGCCCCAGGGAGCCCAGGACUAAGCAAAAUUACGGAUACGGUCACCCGGGUGCAUUCAGCCCAUUCCUGUUGAACCCCGGCUGGCUGGAUGCGGCCUACCUCAACUAUGCGUGGGCUGACUACUUCAGACCCCCACAAAUGCGAGACCAGACCGCCUCGCUUAUAAAAGGUGGUCCAGGUUCAAUACCAACGCCUCCAGUAACGUUACCCGGAGCAGAACUCUUCCAAUUCGGACCGGCGAUGGCAAACCUGCCAGCAGGAGGUCUUAUUCCUCCACCUGGUGCUUUCCUACCGCCCAACGGUCUUCUUCCGUUUGCUCCACACCCUGCAGAUCUAGCAAUGAAGUCACUGCCACCUGAGCUAUCUCUAAAGAAUGGCAUGAAUCCUUACGAAGCGCUACGACACUUACAAAGCAACGUAUCGUCUAUGGAUACGUCAAGCGCUCGACUGUCACCUACUAGCAGCAGACAAAGUGGUAGCCCAAGGAGCAUAGUCAACGCUAGUCCCGACAGAUCGAAAGCUGAUUCAAAAUCAGAAGUUAACUCGAUGCAUGACGCGACAAUUACUGAUGAAUCAGACGAGGAACCUAUUGAAGUAGUGAAGUCUGCUUUCCAUCCAACAAGACCAGCGAAUGUUGAGCUUCAGGAGAUGAAGAGAGUUCAGGCUGCGGACUCCACGGUGGCAGACAGGCCGCGAGUCCGCAAUGAGCUGAAGGCUCCUUCACAGCGCACCACGCGAGUGCUCUCCACUAGUCCAACAUCUACCAAGAUUUCAAACGGCACGAUACCAACUCACAAGUCAGUUUGGCGGCCAUAUUGACUCUAUAGUGCUAGUUCUUAGUAAAGUAUCCAUUGUAAUGGUGGAUUUGUUGAAAUGUGAUAAACCAAUGAGCUUGUAAAUAAUAUAGGUAUUAAAAAUCCCUUGAUUUAUAUCAGAUAUUUAUUGUUAGACAUAUUUAGAUCACUAGAGUUUAGAAUAGUCAAGUAAAUGUUGAUAGAUUAUUUGUUACUUUUAUUGCAAAUGUGUUCAAGCUUAUCUAUAUAAUUAUCUCGUAAAUAAAUGUAAAUUGAUUUGUAAAUGUAUAAUUAUUGAAACUUUAAUAUUCUUCGAGAAACGACUGAUUACUUUAAUGUUUAAGAAAGACAAAUGUAUUAUUGUAAAUAGUUUAAAAGGGUAUUUAUUAAACGAACGAAAUGUACAAUAAAUGUCUGCCAGUUGGCAAUGUAUAAUCGAAAUGUG